AGAGGAGAUGCGAGACGUUAGCUUAGUGCCGCUCGUUGAGUGAUAUCCACCUAACAGACAUGUUCAGUUUCGCCAGCAAGAUCAUGAACACCCUAAUCGGGGAGGGUGAGGAACAACAGGGACCUGGAGGAUAUCCUAAUCAAAUGCAGUAUAGAAGUCAGGGACCAACGUCCGCUGGUCCUGGUGUUGGUCCUGGAUCCUGUGGCCAGGUUAUCAGACCUCUUCACAAUCAGGGCCAGGGACAGGGUCCUCGAUUUCAACCACACCAUCAGCCCCAACCUCAUCCACAGGCACACCAAUUCCAGCAUCAGCAACCCCAACAUCAGCCCAGGUUUCAAAGUCAACCUGGCUUUCCCCCUAAGCGACAGGCCGUUCCUGGUGAAGAACCCAGCCUCGAUCUCAGUCACCUCAGCGAAGAGGAGCGUGCCCUUAUCCAAAAUGUUAUGGCCAAAGCAAAAGACUUGGACAAACAGGAACCAGUACAAACUCUAUCUUCCAGUCACUCUAUUCCCAGUCACUCUAAUUUCCCCACUCCACAACAACAGCUACAACAAAGACAACAACAGCUCCAUCAACUUCAGAUGCAACAACAACAGCAGCAGCAGCAACAACAGCAACAGAUGCAUCAACAACAACAACAGAUGCAUCAACAACAACUGCAACAGAAACAACAACAGCAGCAAAUACAACAGCAUCAACAUUUACAACAACAGCAGCAGCAGCAGCAGCAGCAACAACAGUUACAUCAGAAGCAAAUGCUACAGAAACAACAAGACAGCUUCUCAAAUGCGCGGUAUACUCGACAGGACAGCUUUCCAUCGUCUGGCAAUCAACGCCAGGAUACUCUGCAAUUCGACAAUGCUGCCUUUGCUUCAAGUCAACAGAAAAAAGACUGCUUGGAUCAAAAUGAAUCGUUCAUCAUGAAUAAUAGCCGGGAAAGCGAAGCGGAGAAAAACCAGCUACGAAAGAUGGGCGGCGGUGCCGGACGUCUAGACGGCCUGGAGAGUGAGUAUCGGUCGACCAGUCCUGUGACGUCAGAAUGUUACAGUCCCGAUAUUAGACUGUCCCCCACCUCUCCGUUCUCCUGCACUCCCGCAACCGCUACCGCCACGGUCACCGCUACCGCUACCACUACCGCUACCGCUAGCGAUGAGCUGACGACGUCGGAAUGCAGCCCCCAGCCCUCUACCUCAGCGCCGCUAGAGUCCUAUUUUGAGCGCAGCUCAGCCGAUGUGUACACUAUUCCUGAGGAGGAGGACGAGGCGGGAAGUCCGACAGGGGGUGACGGAGUCACCAGUCUGCGCAAAAGACAGCUUGCCAGAGGAGCACGGAAUCCUCAUCAGCUUCUUACCAAUAGAAUCUUUCAAGCUGAUAUCUCUCAUGGUCAUUCUGGAAUUUCCUCGAUAACUCCAUCUGUAUCAAGUGUGGAUCAGAGACCGAGUAUCUAUUCUCGAAGUCCCUAUUUCCAAGGACUCCUUUCUCAUCCAAAAUCACCGACCACAAAUGCAUUAGGAAGCUAUGAUAGGGAAGGAAAUUUACAAGGAGAGACUUCUUCGAUACACGCUGAACAGCAGCUCAUAAGAAAUCGAUUCCGGGCAGAAGAUGCUGUGUUGUGUGAACUGGAGAAGCGAAACGGGCUUGAUCUCGAUGAAAAUAGAUAUAAGGAAAUGUUGGCACAGAAAAAUGCAGAAUUUGGAGGUAUAUUAACGAAACAACAACAGAAACAACAGGAUCACUUGCAACAACAACUUGUGAAUGAACUAACACAACAUCAACUGCAGCAGAAACAGCAAGAACAACAACAAUUCCAGCAGCAAUUGCAACAGCAAGCUAUACACAUCACCAACACUAUGCAACAGUUGAGGGACCAGGAACUCCAGGAACAACCAAUCAAAUCAUCUCUCCUUUCCAGCAUUGACAGUUCACAGCAGUCGACCAGUCAUCAGCUGCAAUCAAGUCAACAGUCUCAAUUGAACCAACAACAGUUGAAUCAACAGUCUCAGGGAAGACAGUCCAUGUUGACAAUGAAAGAUCAGCUAAAUCAGCAAAGUUCCCAACGUGGUUUGCUACAGCAGAACCAACCAUUCACCCAGCAGCCUUCACAGAUUUCUCAGACUAAUCAGCAACAAAACCUUGAACAAAAUCCUUUGUUGCGCCAGCAGCAGCAGCAGCAGCAGCAGCAACAACAACAACAGCAACAACAGCAGCAGCUUCAACAACAGCAACAACAUUCACAACAACAGCAGCAACAUUUGCAACAACAAAAUCUGCAACAGCAAAAUAUGCAGCAACAACAAAAUAUGCAGCAACAGCAAACUAUGCAGCAACAGAAUCCACUGCAACCAAAUUCACUUCAGCAAAAUCUACAGCAACAGAAUUUACAACAAAAUCAAGCGCAGCAACAGGGACAAAUGUUCCAAAAUAGAUCAUCCGUGCAAAACAAACCGAUGGAUGUUCAACAACAAGACGUGUUUCAAAAUGGCCAACAGGGCCAAUGGGGCCAGCAAGGCAUGGACAGUGUGAUGCACAAGCCAGACACGCAGUUUCACCAAGAUCAGCACAUCAUCGACCAGCAGAAAGCCUUGCAAAUUGAAAGACAACUGGAGCAUGAAUAUUCAAUGGAGAGUAGGCAAUUUGGAUAUUUGAGACAUGGUGGUGAUUCAUACUUUGGUCAAGAUGCAAGACAAUUUCAGGGUGACCUCAUGGACGAAACAGGAACCAAAUUCCCGCACUCGAUGAACCUGCAGAAGCACCCACAUCAACAACAACUGAAUCAACAACAACAUCAACAGCAACACAUGAACGUGCAUGGCCAGGCACAGCCCGGUCAAAAUAAACCGGCAACAGGAACAAUAAGCGGAAUGCUAGCUGACUUCAGUCGCGCUUUAGGCUUGGGUGGGAAUUCGUCUAGACCAUCACCAACUGACGAUAAGCUGGAUUCAGAACAUAACGCUCAGUAUCAAACACAAGAUCUCCAUCAAACAACCGACGAUCAUCGACUCUUUUCUAGAUCAAUGAACUCGCAACAGUUGAGAGAAAACGAGCAAAUGAAUCAAAGUCAGGGACAGAGUUUUCUUCAGCAGUUGGGGUUGACUGGCCAGAGUAAUGAUAUGGUAGACCAGCAGUUGUACCAACAACAGAUACAACUGGAUAACAAACAGUUGCAACAGUUUCAACAGCAACAGUUACAAAUGAGAAUACAGCAGCAAGGUCUGCAUCUCAAUCAACAGCAAAAACAUCAGCAGAUUCAGCAGCAGCUGCAGCAACUACAGGAUCAGCUACAACAUCAUCUGCAGCAGCCAUCGCAGCAACGUCAGCAAAUUCAGAUGUUACUUCAGCACCAGCAGAUUCUUCAGCAGCAGCUGGCACAAAUCGACCAGGAACAGAAGGUGAGGCAACAACAAGCUCAGCUAAGGCUGCAGAAACUUCCCGAAUACCAACCGACCUUUGCACAAAACCUUACCCCUCAACAGCAGCAAAUGUAUCAACAGCAUAUGCAGCUUCAGCACCAUGCGCAACACCUCAAGAAGAUCAGGAGAUCGCUGCCGCACUCCUCCACCGCUGCCUUAGAACAAGCGACGCUUGCCCAAAAAGGAGCCAGUCAGUUACAAAAACGAGAUAUGAACGUUAAUAUUCCGACGGUUGGUGCUACUGGACUAACAGGUGGACAGUACAGUGUGGUAUUAAAUAACCAGUUCAUAACAGGAACAGCUCACUCCAGGCUUGCCAACCCCAACUCUCAAGCUAUGCUGUGUAGUGGUAUUCCUGUUGCCUCAUCCAAUCUUCUCCCAGUAACGCCGAUAACGACACCGCAGAGUACGCCGGUCGGCACGCCUAGAGGUCCGAGAGACACGGGCGGCGACUCUUCGGAUACUCUCAGUGAAACAGACUCGCAGAAAUCGCUUCGGAUGAGGAGGAAACUACCCUCGAUUCCCCCCGACCAGGAAGCCGCCCCCCUACCAUCCAGUAAAAAACGCGACAGAAACAAAUCUGGCAAAGCAGCUCAGGAUCGCUUCAGGGCUUACUCUCCUUUGCGGCAAUACAUUGGAGAUGGCAGUUAUUCACUUGGAACUUCAAAUUUGACUCUUCAACGACCGAGUGCUAGUGAAACAAAUUUGAGGAAGAUAGUUCUUGGAGCUGACCCUGUUCCUAGGCCGGGAUCAGCUUUAGGACUACUUCAAGGCUCGAGUGUUGUUAGUAGCAGUGGUGUGAGGGUUUCAGCGAGUGACUAUGAAACCCGUCACAACCCUCCGUUAGCCGAUAUAGUCUCCUGUCUUCCACCAGAUCUUAGACAUCUUCUAAAUUCUUACAAAUUAUCCGACUCUUCAUCAUCUUACUCAAAACAGUUAUCCUCAGUUCGAAGUUUCAAGGAUCAUUUUGGAGAUGACAGUAAAUUAUCGGGUUCUGAUCGACGUAUACUUGGAAGUCGAUUUGGGAGUGACGAUCGAUCGAUUUUUGACAGAGCAAGUGACCUUCUACGAAGUCCUAAAAGCAGGGCGGAAAUGCAGAGAAAAAUGGCACUGUCCGGACUGGGCAAGUCGAGAAAAUUACGAGCGCACAGAAGACAACUUUCCGACCCCAAAAUUCAUCUUGACUACGAUCCCAUGAGAGAAGAUUCGUCGUACGAUGAUUACAAUAGAGGUCACUUAAGCUUUUUGCAUCCUUCACUGCGACCGCCACACAAAUCGUAUGAGUAUGAAUCAAUAGAUGACUCGAAGCGUUUUGGGGCCGAGUCGUCAUGGGACCCCUCCCAGUCUUACCUGCAGCCGUCAACUCCAUACCGCACCAUGACUGGAGCCCUGAGAGAGACCGCCAUCAACAGUGUUAUUGAUAGUGAUCACCAUUAUUUGCCCGAGCAUGGCCGGUACGAGACGAGACGCUACAGCGAUUGUCUAGACACUAGGCGUCACCAUGAUGCGCAAAAAAUUUGUAAGCCGCGCUCGUGGCAACCAUCACCCUAUGAAAGCGAUGAGGACAACGACCGAUGCACAAGGGAGGAGAAAAAGGCCAAAAUCAAGGCAGAGAUCGCACGACGGAGACAGCAGAUCGAGGAGAACGCACGACUGCACGAGGAGUUGUUGAGGCUAGCGAGGCUGAGGGAGAGCGCGGAAAUGGGAGGGAGUAGUUCAAGUGCGACUGGUGGAGCCGUGUCAAGUGUCCUCCGCUCCAUAGACGACCUCUUCCGCGGACGUCGCACCGCCGAAGACCGAUCUAUGGACCGCAUCGCGUCAACUUUCCGCACAGACGAUUACACCUGCGGCGUCUAUCAACGCCUUAGCGACUUCUCACCUCUAGCUGACUACAGCACUCCACAUGCUAUGCCUCUCCUCCCCGACAUGCCUACCCGCUCCCGCAAACUAUUACAAGAUCUUGGCAGUUCCCCUAUUACUGAGUCGGUUCUCAACGCACCGCACAAAGCACAAGCUCUUCUUCACUAUUUUCACACUACAGCUUUCAAGAUUGAGCAUCAAUUACAAUUUCAUCGUGUACUUUAUAGUUAUUGAUAAUCAAGAUUGCUAUUGUAACUGAUAACUGUGCCAAUCAUAUAUUGAAAAUGGAACACCACUCUUAUUCUUGAAUAGUGCACAAUAUAAUUGUAAUAUAAUCUCUAUAUAAAAUGAAUUAAUCACUCGUAAAGUUCAAAUUGUCGAAUUUUUACCCUAAAAACAGAUUAUAAUCGCUUAUUGAUGUUGUGAAAAUGCAUUGCGGUUACAUACUAGCUAAUUCAUGCUUCAUAGUCGUACUUUACAUCACAUUACUGGAGAUUUAAACAGCAUCCAUGCGGAAGAAAUUGAAUUGAAAGGUCUAUCCAAAGCCUUCAAAUAUAUCUAUUAAAAUUUUUAUUUGUAAAUCUAGUGGUUCCAAGAUUUUUCUCACGUAUUUUAUUAAUCAAUAGGCCUACUGAUUAAACUGUAGGAAAACUUAUUCAUCUCAUAGAUUUUUUUCAAUUUUCCCAUUCAUAUUACCGUUUAGUAUAUACUGUACCUUGAAAAUUGAUGAGAAUGUUUCAUUUCAAGCAUAUCCGCUUCUUCCACAAUAAUAUUCACAACAUUUGUCCAAAUACUCUCAAAUAACUGUAGAAUUAGAAGGUAUACUAUACCUAAAAAUAGGUCUUCCUCACAAUUGAUACUGGUCUUUUCUGACUAUAAAAAUAAUUCUACUGUUAUUCUCUAGAUUUCAACGUUUUGAUUGUUGUUGAAUUACCUUUGCUGACUUUCCAUAGACAUUGAAUCUUGAUUCGGAUUUCUAUCUUGCUUCAAAAUCUAUCUGUUCCGAUUGCAUUCUGUAGACUCAACUUCUUUCUUUGUUCUUCCACGUUCUUUCUGCAUUUUGGAUUAUCUUCUUCCUUGCUUUACAUCUUGUGUGUUCGAUAACUGUGUUCACAAUCAUAACUCAAGUCUGUCUUAUUUGGCUUUUCUGUUUGACAACAUGUUUGAAUUGUGGAUUUAUUGAUUAAGUGGCUUGUUUGAGUUGGCUAGUGCAAUUUCCUUCAAUAUGUAUAUGUCGACUAAUGGGAAGGAACUUGGAAAAAUAUUAAAAGUGAAUAGAAUUAUUCUUAUCAGGCAAGCAUGGUUGUUUGUAUCUUCACUGAAUUUCCCUUGAAAUUAGAUAUAGAUUCGAUUAGGAAUAUGCCAGUAAUUCUCAACCUUCAAGUGUCCUUUUAUGCAGUUAGCAUUUCAGGUACUUAUUUAUCAUACAGAAAAAUAUAAUAUCAGUUUUAGAAGAACUAAUCGCGUAUAAAUAGAUAUGGAUUAGAGCCAAGUGUAUUUACUACAGAAAUGUUUCUAUUCCCAUAUCUUUUACUCUUAUCACGAAUUGAUGUUUCCUCUCCUCGAAUGUUGUUAUAAUAUUCAAACCCAAGUAUUGAAAUAUAAUAUACAGAAACCAAGAAUAUUCAGCUAUGAUAAAAUUAUAGGGACGAGCACACUAAUUUUCUAAAACCAUAAAAAAUAUAUAUAUAUUAUGUUGGUCAGUUAUUAUUUUUCUUAAUAGCAAAUGCCAGUUACCUUUCGUUCACACUUACUCCUUGGCGCUACAGCUCAUUCAGAGCCUUGACCUCCUUCAAAAAAGCCUCUCCAUUCGUCUCUAUCGGCAGCCUUAACCUUUUGUUUACUAUCAGCAUAUUAUAAUAAACUCUUAUCCAUGUCAGUAAACCUGUGUAAAAUCAUCUAUGAUUGUUUUCCUACAGUAACCUUGAAAAUUUGCUACCGUGUUCCUUUACCGAUAGUACGUACUGUAUUUCUUUACAGUAAGCUAAAUAGGUUACUCCAAGCUAAGUUCACUUCUGGGGAAGUAGAGUCCAAAGUAGCAGUAAGUGUGAAAGUUACUUUUCAGUGGGUAUCAGCAAAUCAAUUAUGUCAUCACUCUAGAUCUAACUUUAUCGAUUUUUCACUAUUUUUCCAUAAUUUGUAUUAACCGAGUCCUUUUCAAUUUUUAAAAGAAUGUGGAAACUAUGGUCCAUUCUUGGUAUUGAAAAGGGAGACUGUAGUUGAUGAAAAUUCUCGAAGAUAUCUGUAAAUUGUAUUGUAUGACCUAGAUUUCACAUAAGUAGGGUCUUUAAUGUAUUAUUGUGUACUUAAACAUCGUUGGGAACUAGGCUGCAUACCUUUCAAAUAUCAAGGUAUUCAACACCCUGUUGAAUUGAUCCAUUCUGUGAUUCUUGAUCAGUAGCUGGUUAUGAGAGAGAGAGGGCCUAGGGCGGACUUUAUCCUAAAUUCAGCAGGGAACAAAUAAAAGCAGUAAAUAAAUUGUAUUACGUUUUCUGUUUUGAAUGACCUGGAUCCGUCAUGAAGAUGGAAAUUUCGUUCUUUAGCUAAGUAUUGUUCCACAUAAUCCCUAGGUUUGCUCGUGGGUAAUGGGGAGUGAGAGAUGAGUGACCUACAGUUUUAGGUGGGUUCCCAACCAAUUGAUUGUGGACUCAGUAGGAUCUGCUGACAAUUAGUUGCUUUGAGUCUACAAUGUAUUCGACUACCUCGAUUCAUCAAAAGUUAUUAUCUAUUUUCUGAAUGAUGUGUUAAAAUCUGAUAACUUGAAAUCAAAUCUAGCCAUGGAUGAAGAAGUUGUAUGUUUUAUUUUUUAUUCCUCCAAUAAUUCAGUAAGGACUAGGAAUAAGUAAUAAGAUAUAUUUGAACAAAAAGUCGGGAAUCUAUAAAGAUUCACUAUUCAUUCUUGAAAAUAAGCUUAUAAAAAUCCUCCUUAAAAUGUUUCAUGUUCAGGUAUCCUAUCUCGAAUCCUCCUUAAAAAUGUUCAUGUUCAGGUAUCCUAUCUCGAAUCCUCCUAAUCUGUUUGUUUGAAGCUAAUAAUAUGAAAUACUCUACUCCUUAUUGAAAGUUUGAACAACGUCAGCAGAAACCAAACUCACAACAAACUGAGUUACAAUAAAAAUUAGUUCCGGUGAUGUUGCUUUUCAAUGUUGAAAAAAUUAUUUCAUUUUGUUCAACUAGUGCUAACCAGAAUGCAUUUACAAUAAGCCCUUAUACAGGGCUACUUGAUUAAUUAUUUCUAAUUAUGAAAAAAAUAUUUAAUAUUUCCCAUGUUACUUAGAAAUAACGCUUCAAAACUAAAUUCAUUUUCUCAACAUCUAGUUGGUGUUCUGAAUUCACCUGGCACUAAUUUCAUGAGGGAAAAUAAUUGAUUUAAUAAAUCAUUUUAGGUAAAAUAAUCAUAAUGAAUAAAUUAAUUUAUUUCCUUAUUAUUUUAUAAAAAGUAGAGAAUGUAUUUGGAAAUCAAUUGAUCACGUUUCUAGUAAUUGUAAUCAGUACUAAAUAAAUAUAAUGAUAGAAUAAAUAAACAUUUCAAGCUAUGAUUGUCAACCAGCUCAUCCCAUUUCAUACAAUUUCUCAGAAGAGCAAAUGAUUAAAUAAUGAUGGUUGAAAACACAUUAGCACUCAGAAACUAUAACUUACACAUAUUACACACUACAUAACAUUAGCACUAUCAUAACUUACUGUGUUGUAAUGUUUUUAGAUUUAACAGACGUUCCCAAUUAUAGCGAAAUCUAAUCUUUCCAAGAUUUGGGCCUAGCUGGUUGACACUUUCAUCUGUCUAAUGUCAUAAUUCCUUUGAUCCAACCAACCCUGCUUAGAAAUCAAUAUAACUAGCUUUUUAUUCUCUAUCUGAAUGAACAAUGGGCCAUUUUCUAAAUCGAAAUGUUUUCAAGUCUGAUAGUUCAACUUAUCAUUCCUUAUCUGUAGCUUCAAUAAUAACUGCACAAAAUCUUAAAUCUUUCUCAAUCAUCCGAACCAAAUAUCUUAUGAUGUAACAUUUUCGCUAUUCAAGAUAUAGACUUUACCAUUUCAUUUUCCUUUCUGAACUAUCACAUUACUAAUCACCUUAUAACUCACGUUUCAAUUAAGAUGAGAAUAGAAUGCAUUGGAUGGCAUUCCAUUGGUGUAUUUAAAGCCUUAUUGUGACUAUUUAUGAAGAAUUAUAUGACAAUAAUAAAUUUUAUAACUUUAAACUAUGAUGGGUAUCAGAGCUGUACAAAGACUCAUUUGAAACCACAAAUGAUCACGCUUUUCAAGCUUUUUUUCUGUUCAUGAGAAUGCAUUCAAAGUAGCGAAAAGCUUGAUGGUGUGAAUUUUGUAUAGGUCAAUUAUGUAUUCAACUUUCAUUGUAAUGCUACCAAAAAUGUAAGCAUCUUAUCAAAUGUGUGCGCUGAAGUAUGUAUUAGUCAUAAUUAUUUUCCAAUAUGUAUCAAUAUUGAGCAAUUGAAAACUGAUUUCUUUUCUAUUUACCAGCAUUCAAGUUAGCAAAAGUUACUCCAAUCGGAAAUUAAGUAAACACGUGACAAAUUCAGUCUGCUUUCAUGGUUUCUAUUCCAAUUCCUUCUGGCAUUCUAUUGAAUUUGUAUCAUCCCUAACCUAUGUGGGCAUCACAAAUAGAUGGUUUUGCUGAAAUCUUUGUUUUGGGCGCAUCAAAUACCAAAAGAUGAUCAUUUAUUUUUGUUUUCGUGGUGCAUUAGUGACUAAACGUCAGGGAUUUUGAAUGUAAAUGCUCAUAAAUUAAUGCUUCAUCUUUAUUCUUCAGUAACACUUAAUAUUACCAAUAAAGAGCCAAUCUUAGUAUAAUACAAAAUCCAAGUUUUGAAAGAAUGCAUAGUCAAAUAAUGCAUCAAAAAUGUGUACAGUCGAUUCACUAUACUAUAAUAAUUGAAAAAUGCCAUGUCAUAAUACGGUUUCAAUGAAGCUCUCUUUCUACUUCAAUCAACAUCACAAGACCACUCCCUCAUUAUUUAGAUCAGUAGUCUAUAGUAGGCCUAAUAGCCCAUGUAUGCAAUGGGUCUUGCAAAACCUGGAAAUACAUUGUUUCGUGUAAGAAUGACGAAUGACUUAGAGCAUCAUCUGUUUUUGAAUUUUCAAUAAAAUCAAGUGAAAUUAGACUCUCUCACCUAUAUGGAUUUCUAGAAACGUUUAAAGGCUAUUUUAAUUUGAUAAUCAUUAAUAGAGAAGCCAGUUUUAAAUUGUUCACAUUACUUAUAAAUUACUGAAAAAAGUUGUAAGUCAUAAGUCAGUACCAACCUCAUGAAUAGGGAGACUGAAAUUUUGUGGCAAUUUUAAACUUUACUCCAAAAUAUUCAAUUCAAAAAUAUUUUGAAGUUUGAACGGUUUUGAUUUGAUUCUAAGGAACUGUUUUCACGUAUAACCAACCACUUGUGUUGAAUUUAAAAAAAAAGAUAAAUCAUCACCAUGCAAAGUAAUAAACUAAAUUAUCCCUAAGAAAUGAAGUAGGAUCAGAACUAAGUAAGCUAGAGCAAUUUCCAACCAUGUUGGAAAUGGUAAAUUAUAAAUAAUUAGAGAAUCUCAAGUUGCUAUAGGAUGCUGUCAAAACUCUUAUUAUUGAAGAAUGUCUUGUUUUGAAUUUUUGAACAAUAUUGUAAUGCAUUUCUCCAACCUGAGCAUACUUUUCCAACACUAUUUAAAUAUAUAUUAAACUGCAGAUUGAGAUUGUGAAGCAUUGAACUUUUGUAUUUAUAAGUAGGCCAUUGACUAGGAAUGAAUUACUUUUAAUAUCAAUGUUUGUUGUUUGGAUUAUGCUCUGAUACCAUCAACCAAUGUCAGCUCAAAAACUGAUCACUCAAUAUAAUUCAUAAUCCUCAGUAUUCAAAUUUAAUUGUAACUUAAAAUAAGGUGUUAGAAAACAAGUUAUUAGUGUGUAAUAUUGAAUUUCGUGAUAUCAUCUUACUCUUAUUAAAAUCGUUUUCAUUCAAUCUUCUCUUGUAAUUGAUAAAUCUAAAGCAUUUAAAAAUUGCACAUGUUCAUUAUUGAAAAUUUAUCAUCACUUGUGAACGGCAUUUCAUUUACUACUAUUAGUUGGUGUUAUUGUAUCAAGAUUUCUAGUCUUCCUAUAUCAUGUAAUUUCGAAUUGCAGUUUAGAAUAUCAUUGUUUUAGGAUUAAAAACUCUCUUAUACUAUACAAUAUGUAUAUGAUUCAAUCUUACUAAAAUAUUAAUCUACGGUAUGACGUAUUUACUGUACAGAACUUAUUAUUUUUUACGUUAUUUGCAACACUUCCACUGACAAUUCAUAUUCUUUGUAAACCCGAACUCAGGAUAAUAUUUGAAAUCAAACAUUCUAGUAAGUUGAAAAACUGCUCUUGUAUAAAUGUGCAUAGACAUUUUCUGAAUUGUAUGUUAAUUUUUUAUUGUGUAAUUUUUGUACAUUGGUUAUAAUAUAUAAUGCAAAAUAUAGUGAAUUAGGUAUAUGUUAAACAAUUCACUGAUUGUUCAUGCCAUGUGAGACUGGCAAUGUAUGAUAGCUCGAAAAAGCACUUAUAAACGCCACGUUAACUAUAUUAUAUAAUGACUUUAUACUACUUAAUAGUAGGUAAUAUUAUUACCAACAUCUCUGUCAUGUUUGUUAAUCGACAGCUGAUGAAAAGCUGCUAAAAAUUAAUAACGUUUUCGAAUUUCAAACACAAGUGCACAAACAUAUUCAGACACACACACAAACACAAACUUAAACACACUCACACUACACCACACUCACA